UUCCAGCAUUAAAGAGUGGUUACAUAUUUCCUGCCAUAUGAGUGAUCAGUACUCACCAAUAAGUAGGAUAAUACAUGGUUUGCAUAGACACAUGGUGACAUUAUCAUAUGAUGUGACACUAUAUAAUUUGGUGUGACAUUCCAAAUUGUGAAAAUAACAUACCUUUAUCAAUGAUAAAACCUGAAAAUGUUCAUGGAAUACAUAGAAAAUAGUAUCAGCAAGAGUCACAAAUAUUUUUAUAAUUUUAUAGCAAGGUUUGUCACAAUAAAUAGAAAAUAUGUUGAAAGACCGAUGGCAUAGGUCUCACAUUGAGCGAUGUUUUAGAAAAUAAUACACAAAUAUAAUUAAUUUUCACAAAACCAAAAUGGAUCACAGUUUAGUUAUGAUACAUGACUUUGAUAAAGUGAGUAACUUAAGAAAGGUAUAAUCCAUUUUCAGUUUAUAUACAAUUAUUUUCAUGUCACACCAUAUGACGAUUUUACGGACUAAUACAACAAAUUGUCACAAAUUCUGAUUCAAAUUGAAAAUCUAAAAACAAAAUAUGUUUCUAUAAAGAUGAGUUAGUAGAACAAAAGUCAACCAUUUUUAUGCCUGUUAUUUGAAAUAUUUGAAAAAACACUUUUUUCUGGUAUAUAUGUCUCUGACCCAUUUAUUAUUAUUAAUAGUAUUGAUAUAGUUAAUAACAACAAUACAUAAAAAAAUAUAUAUUAUAGGAUGAGGGGUUAUUUCUGAAAUUAAUAUCAAGAUUAACAGGCUGCGUGCGUUUAUAAACCCCGAGGGAGUAAUGAAAUGUAUUUAAUUUGUUUAUGCCCGUUCAGCAAUUCAUUUAUUGAUAGGCCUAUCUUGUUGUCGCACUCAGGCAGGCAGAACACUGUGGAUGCCUGCACUGUGAAAAAACUAAGAUCAGCAUGCUGAUUAUUUAGGUAUGAUCAUCUACAAAAGCAUAAAUCACACAUUGUAAGGAAAACGUAUCCCCCAAAAAGUAGGCUAGAUUUUUUCAUCGAAAGGUACAUUUGAACUGUUAUGACCGCAGUUUAUUCAUUAAAUGUUUGUAGCCGAGUGAGCAGAGAUUAUAGGUCUAUUAGCCUACAUGACAAUAACUAACUCGUUUCCGAGUUCCGACACUGGACAAAGAGUCUAAACAUGCCGCUGGAAACAUAGGUUGAAAAUCUGUCAACCAGAAGUGACACUGAGGAGCGUCUGCUGAAACCAAACCGACGGGGUAUAAAGUCCAUCAACAGCAGCGGAUCGACUGUGUACAACUUCACCGCACUGUGGCCGUUUUAGUUUCAAGACAUUUUCAUAUUUCGUCAAAUCAUAAUGGAGAUUCCAGUAUUUACUCUAGACGCCUUCACAAAUGUACCGUUCAAGGGAAACCCUGCGGCUAUUUGUCCACUUAUGCAUGAACUGAGUGAUGAUUUGUACCAGAAGAUAUCAGCAGAGAUGAACCUGUCAGAAACAGCUUUCAUCACCAGGAUCAAUCCCUCUGACAGUUUUACCACAGGAUCAAGGUUCCGACUUCGAUGGUUUACACCAACCAAUGAAGUGAAUCUGUGUGGUCAUGCCACUCUGGCCUCUGCAGCAGUGCUGUUCAAGCAUAAGCAGAAUGAGAAUCCCACACUGGUGUUUGAGACCUUGAGUGGAGAUCUGGCUGUCACCCAGCAGGGGGAAGGGUACAUCAUGGACUUUCCUCUCAACCCACCAACCAAGGAGGAUGCCAAUGAGUUCAGAGACAUCAUCAAGGCUGCGGUUGGAAACCACCCGAUCCAGGAUGUGUAUCUGAGCUCCAACACAAAGAAACUGCUGGUUCGACUGGCUGACAGCUGUGACAGGUCAGUGCUAACCGGUCUAAAAGUUGACCCUGUUGCUCUUCAGAGCAGUGAGACAAGUGGAAGAGUCAAAGGAGUAAUCCUCACCAUGAAAGGAUCCCCAGACUGCCAGCCAGGAUACGACUUCUACUCGAGAUUCUUUUCUCCAUGGAAUGGCAUCCCUGAGGAUCCCGUCACUGGUUCUGCCCACACAGUGCUAGGUAGCUACUGGUCCAAGAAACUAGGAAAGAAGAAAAUGCUGGCUUACCAGUGCUCCAGUCGAGGCGGGGAGCUGGAACUAGAAGUGAGAGACGACGGAAGAAUCAACAUAUCUGGACAGGCCGUCACUGUGCUGCAAGGAACAAUCACACUUUAACCACAUGCAAACUAAGAGGGUUGGGGAUGACAGGACAGUCAUUACGUACCUGCACAGAGAAGCAGACAUAGGCUUUGUACCAUUUGAUAACGCACAUAAAAACUAGAUAUAGACAGUUUAAAUAAAAAUCUAAACUGAUUAUUGUCCAGACUGGUCAAUCUAAUAUUGAAACAUCACUCAGCAUGCUAACAUACUACAGGAUGGAAAGAACAGCUCACGCUUUGAUAGUAUUUGUAUUAUUUAUUCACAAAACAGAUGCAAAAAUCACAUAAAAAAUUAAAAACUAAAUACAGAGACAUGAAUAAUUAGAGGUUGUGUUGGAGGUCAAACCGAUCAAAAGGUGGAAUCACAGUUAGCUUGGUGACGUUAUACAACCUGCUCUAAUCACAGUAAUGAAAAACUAAAUCAUUAGUUAAAUUAUCACAGUUCAAUAAUUGUGGUUUCCUACAAAUUCCUAGAGUUUUAACUGGUUCUCAUGAUACAAAGUAGUUUCCUUUGUAAGCAUUCUGUCUCCGUACAGCUUUAGGUUUGCUCGUAUUCUGUUGUAUGCAAAGGAAUUGACCCAAAUACUUGGUUUUGUUUGAGCUUUUUGUGUUACCGACACUAACUUUAUGUACAGUAUAUACCAGUAUGCUGUUUCCAUUUCUUUACCGUUGUAGGCCGGUGUAGUCCAUUCACAGAUUAAAAAACUGUCGAUGCCAUAUUACUCAAGUAUGUAUGAAGUUCAGUGAUGUAUAGUAGUGUACACAAAAUAAGAUAUUACAGUACACACUACGGCUGUCACCUCAUCCUUUAUACAACAUGUACUUGAGGUUUGAUCUGG